AUGUAUGCACGCAACCCCGCCGUCCGGUCGGUGAGCGCCGUGUCGCCCGACCGCCGCAUGGAACCUGUGCAGAGCUGGCAGCCAUGGUUGAAGCAAGCAGGGCAAGCAGCUCGCCCGCAGAGCUACAAGGGCCCGAUCAUCGAAACAGUGAAGCCUGCAGUCCCCAUGCGAACCCAGAGUCCUCCACCUCGGAUGACAUAUACCAAUGCGCUCUGCGCUGAGAUUCGGCCAGACCCUCGUACCGGGGCCCUAUCUCCCAUUCACCAGAGGCACUCUGGACCCCCUCCGGCGCAAAUGCCGGUCACACAGGUGCCUGCCCAGGCUCCAACCCAAAACGUCAACUACUUCGACAAGCAGAUGCCGCAGACGCAGCCUCCCGUGGCAUUCGAUGAGGCCAUGACGGCCAGACCCGGAAUGGGCAGAAGGCUGGAGUGGCAGGUCGACUCCCACGCAGUCCCUUUGCAGGGAGCCGGCAGCAUGUCUGCUGUGGAUGGGGGCUCCCAGCCCACGAGUUGCCACAUACCGCUGAUGUCUCCUAUGCAGCGCUACAGGCGCGAGAGCAGCAAGCCGGCGGCAGAGCUUGAGUCCACCGGCACGCCUCAGGCCCAAGUCAAGCGUGGCAACUCGGAGGGCUCUUUGCCCUCUUCGGCACGGCGCGAGAAGGUGCCCGACUUUGACCUGGAGAAGAAGAUCGUGGAGGAGGUGAACCGUGUGCUGGAGAGCCGCCUUGCUGCCAAAGAGGACACCGACGCCCUCAAGAAGGAGCUUGAGCAGGCAGUGGACGACCGAGAGAUCGAAGCACAGCAGGUCCAGCACCUGACGGAGCGCCUUAUUGAGAUGGAGCAGCGACUAGAGCGAGAGGCGGAUGCCCGGCGGAAGGUCCAGGCCAAGCUGGACCAAGGAGUCUUGAUUGAGAGCGAACUCCACCAAAAGGACAUGAAGAUCUCGGAGUUGGAGCGCAAGCUCAAGUCCAAAGCGGACGAGGCCCGAAACCUCAAGGUGCGACAGGAGCGCCUCGAAAAGCAGGUCGACGACACGCGCGCUCUCCGUGAUAAGAGCGUUCGAGAUCGAGAUUGUUGGCUGCGCGAGCGCGAAUGUCUCGUGCAAGACAAGCUGCAGGAGAAGCGGGACUUGGAGGAGAAAGUCUUUGCGGCCCAGACCCGGAGCAAGAACCUGGAACAUCGUUGCCAAGAGCUGGAGGAGACCCUGAAGCAAGAGCGCAACAACGAGCAGCUGAUCCAUGCUCAGAAGGACCUGGACCAGCGGGAGAGCCUUCUGAACAGCCGGAACCAGGAGCUGCAGGCUCGUCUUCUGGAAGCCGACCGAAACACGGAGGAGCUGAAGCGGUUGCGUCUGGAGCUGCAGGUCAACAAGAAGCAGCUGGACGAGAAGGAGGCAGACCUGACCCAGCAGCAGAACGAAUGGAAGCUGCGUGUUCAAGAGCGGGAGUUGAAGUACCGGAGCUGGGAAAGCCAACGCCAGGAGGUGGAACAGCAGAACGAGCGCACUGCAAAGGAGCUGAACUCCAUGGUGCAGCAAAGCCAGGAGAAAGUCGUGGAAGAAGUUCGGAAGCGCGCGGCCUUGGAGAAGGAUCUCCGGCAGAUGAACGAAGAGAAGCUACGCAUCGAAGAGGACCGUGCCAAAAUGAAUGAAGAGAAAGCCCGGCUCAAUGAACAGCAGGCUAGACUACACGAAGAGAAGGCCAAGUUACAAGAUCAGAUCGAGCAGCAGAAGCUCGAGAUUGGCAAUCUCCGACACCAAGUCGACCUGGAUCGCACCGAGCUUGUGACGCCUUGCGAGCUGAAGCGGAGGGCUCUCGCACAGGACGCGGACUUGAGCAAGCGCAACGCAGAGCUCCUGCACGACAUCGCGUCCUUCGAACAGGAGAUGAAGUGGCUGGCGUCCUGCAACACUGUCCUGCGCCAGCAUGUCCCAACAGAGCUCGAGGCGACUGUCAAGGUGGCCCUCGAGAAUCUGAGUGGCAGCGAGUGGCAGCCCCCUUCCGAGGAGGUGAGGUUGGAGCAGUGGCUCCGAAAUCGGCUUAAUUCACCUGCUCGCAGCGGUGCUCUGUAA